AUGUAAAUUAGUAAUAAUAGUUAACAGUUAGCACUUACAAAGAUCCAAAACAACGCAUUUAAUGUCUAAUAUUCUCCUUUUAGACUUCUAAAUAUCAAAUACACUGAAGCCUCUACAUAAAGGUUGAUUGAAGAACCUAUUAAUUCUAUUCAAGUAUUUUAGAUCCAAGGCAGUAACUAUGAAAUGCAUUUUAAUACCAAAAAUAGCAAGCAACCAAAGUAGACAAAAGAAUCAGUCAAGGUUAUAUCAAUUGAUUUAAAACUAUAAAAGAAAAAAUUAAAAACAGCAUCCAAAGAAAACCUAUCAGAUUAUCAAAGAAAAUUAAUCAGUGAUAUAUAAAAAAUAGAAUAAGAAAUCCUAAAUCUCAGUUGA